UUUUCAACCUCGACGCGUGCGCUGCGCGCGCUCUCCUCUCCUCUCCGCUCUCGACUGUCACUUCCGUGUUGGCGUGUCCCGACGUCACGCGGAAUGUGAAGCAGGAAACGCGGAUGUGUUGCGCUUAAUCUGCAUCUACAGCCGUGCUCCUAUCCAUAUGUCGAAGCCAACCCCCCUUCCAAGCUGAUCUGAUCCGAACCAGACGCAGUGCCUCGGACGCGGGUUGGACGGAACCGACUGGAGGAAUGCCUGCCGGUGUGUGUGGAUGUUGCGGUCCUUUGCGACCACGCUACAAGCGACUAGUGGACAAUAUUUUUCCAGAGGACCCCAAGGAUGGACUGGUGAAAUCUGACAUGGAGAAGUUGACGUUUUAUGCGGUGUCGGCACCAGAGAAGCUGGACCGCAUUGGAGCAUACCUGGCUGAACGUCUUAGCAGAGAUGUGGUACGACAUCGCUAUGGGUACGUGGUGAUAGCGAUGGAGGCUUUGGAUCAGUUGUUGAUGGCCUGUCAUUCCCAGAGUAUCAAGCCAUUUGUGGAGAGCUUCUUACACAUGGUAGCCAAACUGCUGGAAUCCAGAGAACCAGAUUUACAAGUGCUGGGCACCAACUCGUUUGUGAAGUUCGCGAACAUCGAGGAGGAUACACCCUCUUACCAUCGCAGAUAUGACUUUUUCGUCUCACAGUUCAGUGCCAUGUGUCAUUCCACAUAUGAGGACCCCGAAACUCGCAGCAGGAUCCGUGUAGCAGGCAUUAAGGGUCUUCAGGGUGUCGUCAGAAAAACUGUGAAUGAUGAACUCCAGGCAAUUAUCUGGGAACCUCAACACAUGGAUAAACUCAUCCCCUCUAUGCUGUUCAACAUGCAAGAUAAUGACGACUCAGAGAGGGCUGGAGAGGAAAAUCCGGCUUCAUUGGCAGAGAGUUGCUUUCGAGAGUUGCUGGGUCGAGCUGCUUACGGCAACAUGAACAAUGCUGUGCGCCCUGUACUGGUGCAUUUAGACAACCAUCGUCUUUGGGACCCGAACGAUUUUGCUGUUUCCUGUUUCAGGAUAAUCAUGUACUCAAUACAGGCCCAGCAUUCUCACCACGUGAUCCAGCAAGUGUUGUCUCACCUUGACACCCACAGUAAGAACACCCCACGUGUGAGGGCAGGUAUCGUUCAGGUGCUGCUGGAGACGGUUGCCAUAGCAGCCAAGGGCUCCAUCGGUCCCACGGUCCUGGAGGUGUUUAACACCCUGCUGAAGCAUCUGCGUAUGAGUGUGGAUUUUGAGCUGGGCGACGGUUCCCGCAGGAACUCCGCGAGUAGCCUUUCCUCCACCCGCACCAAAGAGAGCGAGGAGCGGAUCGUCCAGAACGCCAUCAUCCAAACAAUCGGUUUCUUUGGAGGAAAUCUUCCUGAUUAUCAGAGAGCAGAAGUGAUGAUGUUCAUUAUGGGGAAAGUGCCUGUUUACGGCACGCCGUGCCACACGCUGGACACCGUCAAGAUCGGGCAUCAGGGCACUAAGAGAAUCCAGAUGAUGCUGUUAAGUUCUCUCAUUAUGGUUACGUCGGGGUUUAAGUGUAAAACGAUCUGUGCUGGCCUGCCUGCAGCAUUUCUGGAGCCGUUGUGCUCCAUCUCUCUGAUGGAAGACAGCGAACUCCGGCAACUCGUCUUGGAGAUUCUGCACAACAUCAUCGAUCGCCAUGACAACAGAGCCAAGCUCAGGGGAAUCCGGAUUAUUCCUAAUGUAGCUGCUCUGAAGUUCAAAAGAGAAAAAAUCUCCAAACAGGAUGUGGUUUUCAUGAAAAAGCAUGGGCAGCAGUUAUACAGACACAUCUAUCUGGGCUGUAAGGAGGAAGAUAACGUGCAGAAGAACUUUGAGCUGCUCUUCACAGCUCUGGCUCUGAUCACUAUUGAACUGGCCAAUGAAGAGGUGGUGAUUGACCUCAUCCGCCUAUCCAUCGCACUACAGGACAUGGCCCUGGUCAAUGAGGAGAAUAUGCCCAUGUUUAUUCGCUGUGGCGUCAUGGCGUUGGUCGCCGCAUAUCUCAAUUUCCUCAGUCAGAUGGUUGCAAUUCCCCUUUUUUGCCAACACGUCAGCAAGGUGAUUGAGAUGAGAAAUCUUGAUGCUCCGUACCUUCUGCCUGAACACGUUUUUAGAGAGAAGUGUGUGUGA